AUGAAUGCAGAAGGUAUUCAGUGUUUUGAUGGUAAAACAGAAAAUAACUUCACCCUCCAUGCACAUCUCUUAAGUUUUUCUGGUGAUCUUCCAGCUCUUGCUAAGGUUAUGUACACAACUGGGCACAACUCAUAUAAAGCAUGCUGUUUUUGUUCCAUUCGUGGAGUAUAUUGUAAAGGCAAUCAACAUGUAUACUUUCCACUUAAGCCUCCAACCAGUAUGUUAGGAAACCAAUAUGAUCCCAAAAAUCUUCCAUUACGAAUGCAUAAAGACUAUAUAUGUGAUGCAACAGCUGUAGAAUGUAUGAAUGGGCCAUUACACAAGCGUGAAGUACAAGAAUGA